AUGAAAGACUUAUGCGAAUGGGUUGAGUUUUUUGAGGCUGCUGGUGUUCCAGCCAAACUAAGGGAAACAUAUGCUGGAAUCUUUGUAGAACAUCGAAUUAACAAUUCAGUCCUUGCUGAUUUAGAUAAGGACCACUUAAAAGAUAUGGGGAUCACAGUUAUUGGAGAUAUUAUUUCCAUACUAAAGCAAUGCAAAAAAAUAAGACACGAGCUAUCAGUUGCACCAACUCCCGUCGUUACUUCAACUACGUCGAAAGACUGCUCAUCUGAAAAUAAAAAAGCUGUGUCCAAAAAUGUUUUAGUCCCAGUGCGUCGUCGAAUGAAUCCUGAAGUUGAAGGAAAAUACAUUGUUAAAAUGCCAAAGGGGACGACUUUGAAGACUCAGAAGAUUCUUGCAUCAAUGAAGCAAAAGAACAGUGCAAAGUCUAGUCAACCUGAAGUUGCCAAAGCCGCCAAAACUAAUGAACCUCCUGUAUCGUCUACCUUUGAAGACAGCGAUGCCGAUGAUUGUGAUAAUUAUCGUGUUAUCAUCUCUAAAUCGAAUACACAUGGUUCCACAUCUAGUGAUUCAGUAUUCAGUCGUUUAGGUAAUGCUGUAAAUAGAGAGGAUUCACCUACAAGUGUGCUUAUAAAAAAAACGAUAGAUCCAUCUGCUGCAAUGCAACGUUUUAUUCGUUGGAAUUUAAAUGACAACAGUCAUGGAUCACCUUUUCGUCCUCCACCAUCUGUUACAGAAACCAUGAUGAGCUCAUCGGAGGAUUCUUUGAAUUUUAAAGUUGUUAAACAAGUUAGCAGUCUUACAAAAAACGUUGAUCAGGCUAUUAAAUUAAGAACACCCCUUAAACGUCAUGCUUCUGAUACGGUAUUUAGUCGUUUAAGUACUCCAUCAACUACUAUGCAAUCAAAUGAUCAACUUUCUUACCAAGGAAUUUUGAAGAAGUCACGUACGCAACCUCCUAAAUUUAACGAUGAAUCGAUGUCUCCAUGUUCUCUAAAUAGCUUUCUUUCUCCAUACACCGAAGGUGUACUUGGACAGAGUCGUAUGCAAAAAGUUUCUGUUAAAAACCGCUUAGGCAACAGACAAGGAAAGUCUAACGCUCCAGUUCAUUCUAGACUUGGUCGAGCAUCUAAUCCAUUAUAA